AUGACCCCUCCCACAUGUUACCUGCAAGGCGUGACCCCUCCUGCAGGUUACCUGCAAGUCGUGACACCUCCCACAGGUUACCUGCAAGGCCUGAACCUUCCUGCAGGAUGCCUGCAAGCCAUGACCCCUCCCACAGGGUACCAGCAAGGUGUGACCCCUCCUGCAGGUUGCCUGCAAGUCAUGACCCCUCGCACAGGUUACCUGCAAGGCGUGACCCCUCCUGCAGCUUACCUGCAAGCCGUGAACUGUCCCACAGGUUACCUGCAAGGCGUGACCCCUCCUGCAGGUUGCCUGAGACUCAUGACUCCUCCCACAGGGUACCUGCAAGGCGUGACCCCUCCUGCAGGUUACCUGCAAGGCGUGACCCCUCCUGCAGGUUACCUGCAAGUCGUGACCCCUCCCACAUGUUACCUGCAACGCGUGACCCCACCAGCAGGUUUCCUGCAAAGUCUUAACCCCACCCGCAGGUUGCCUGAAAAGUCUUGA